CAACGCUGGACAGAAUACGUGUCAAGGAGUAACAGAUGUUGAAACUGACAAAGCUGAAGAUGAAGAUGAAAGUGUCAAAAUUGAUGACAAAGUGAUGGCACAUCGCAAUUGCAGUAGCAAGGAAUGCUGGAUUAGAAUAAAAAUGUUAGGCAAGGAUUGCAUACAAACUGCAGCGUUGCUAUUGGGAAGUGUGGCUGAAAGUGCAGAUUUCAUGUUGGAAACUCAAUUAAGUGGCGGCAAUAAUAGCAACAAUGAUGCAAUAACGUCCACGGAAGUGAUAAACCAAAACACAAAUGAUAUCGAAUGCCAAGAACAACAACAACAACAAACACAACAACAUCAAGAAAUGAGGUCAGUUGUGCACUCAAUGGAAACGACAACAUGGCAAGAGAUUUUUAGCCAACAAUAUUGCAACAACAUUAUCAAUAAUGAUGGCAACAUUGCCAGCAAUAGCAACAGCAACAGCAGCAGCAACUUCAGUGCUUUAAAAAAUUGUUCGCAUAUUGUAAGCAAUGGCAAGGAUGAUUACAAUUUAAGCGUAAUCAGCGUAAUUUAUCUGCAACAGCAGCACCGGAAGCAGCAACAAUAUCAGCAACAAAAUGGCGACGCUGCAUUUGCUGUUCGUGAAGGAGCGACACAUGCUCAUAAUUUGUUAUUGAAUAUUAAUGUAAGACAUAAAUAAAAAUACAUAGUUUUUAAUAGUUUUCCAUGGUUGCGACAGCAACACCGAAGGCUCCGAAGACUGUAAAAUAAAUAAAUGGAUCAGCCGUUAAAUGGGUGCGAGUUGGAAGAGAAAAAGUUGUCAUAAUUAAGUGCAGCACAGCAAGGAUAAUUUAUUUACUUUUUUUUUUUUGAUUAAUUUUCACCAACACUUGCAACUCUGCGUUAAAUUAUGCUACGGCACGUUUCGUUGAGGGCGCUUCCAUUGAUUUCUAAUUUGUUGCGCUUUUGUGUACUAGAUUCAACUUUUUCAUUCCGCGUUCACUUUUUCGCUGUAGAGCUGCUCCUGCAAACUGGACGGUUGCCAUUUGCAUUGAUUAAAAUGUCAACUAAACCGGAAGUGGCAGUUUAAUUUGUACGCGAUAAUUGAAUUUUAUUUUGCUCAAUUUUGCCCGCACAGAUUGAUUUGCCAUUGCUGCUACCACUGCCUUGGCGUCCAUUGUGAAGCAUCAAAUACAGCAAUGGCGCGAUGGCAGCAAUGGCGGCAACUGCAACAGUGAUGGCAACUACAGCAGUGAUGGCAACUGCAGCUAAAGUAUGACCGUGAAUAUGGCAGCUGUACUCGGCUGAGAUGGCAAAUAAAGAAAAUGGCGUUAACAAAUUUAAUUACGUUGAAUACGUCAUUAUGCGCGGCUUCAAGUCGCUGCAUUAUAUAAAGUGGAAAUGAAGUUAUUCUCCAUUUCCUACUUCCCUUUCACGAUUCUAUUUACUCGCUGUGAAAUUACACAAUUUCUUCUCAUUAUCGACAUGAUUGAAAAAAUCUUAAAUAAAUUGAAUUUUAAUUAAAGUAGCCACCAUUGGUAAAAGCAAAUAAACGCAAUAUUUACUUAUGUGGCUUGUCGUGCAUAAUUAAAGAAGAUAUACUUGAUUUGGAAAGAGAAAGAAACCACUUCCACUCUAGAGGAAGAAUUUUAAGAUUCAUAUCAGAAGUUAUUUCUAAAGAGAAAAGCAUAAAUAAAAUUAUAUUUUAAAAUAAAUUAAAGCUAU